GCAGCAACAAAGGGCGGAAGUAAGCUAGACGCUGCAGCAAUUAAGGGCGGAAGUGAGGUACAAGGAAAGAACUGAGCAUCUGUGGUUGAACCACCGGUGACCCGACGCCGGUAACGUGCAGAUAUAGAAUGGCUGUCAGUAUAGUGGUGGAAUACUGCGAACCUUGUGGGUUUAAGUCCCAUUAUGAGGAGUUUGCGGCUGCCGUGCGGGAAGAGUUUCCGGAUGUCAGCAUUGACUCCCGUCCCGGAGGCACAGGGGCUUUUGAGAUCGAGAUAAAUGGACAGGUGGUUUUCUCAAAACUGGAGCUUGGUGGAUUUCCCUAUGAAAAGGACCUGAUGGAAGCCAUCAGAAAAGUAAAAAAUGGUGAACCAGUAGAGAAGAUUACCAAUAGCCGGGCACCAUGUGUCAUUCUGUAACUUCAGCCUUUUACUAUGACAUUUUCCUUUCCGGUACUAAAAGUUCUCCGUGU